AACUAUAUCAUUUGACAUCUUUUGUUGACCAGUUUUCUCAAUACAUCCAUGUUCAGACGAGUCCAACAGAGUUAACGUACAGUCCCCAGAGAUUGCGUACUAGGCGGGUUGUCGGUUUCCUCCCAAAAUCGCAGAUCGGCGAAAACGUCGGAAUUUCCCCAUGAUCUGAUCACUUCAACCGGAAUUUCAAACGAUUAGAGCCGAGAGAAGAACAUAGAAGCCGCCAGGGUCGCCAUGGACAAGACGGAGCUGUGCGAGUGCCUGGUACAGUGGCUGCAGACAUUUAACCUGAACGCCCCACAUAAAACAGUGGAGGAUCUCGGUGAUGGGGUUGCAAUGAGUGAAGCACUGUGUCAGAUUGCCCCAGAUUAUUUCAGUGAGGCCUGGUUUGGCAAGAUAAAACAGGAUGCAGGGGAAAACUGGAGACUCAGGAUGAGUAAUUUGAAGAAGGUUCUUACAGGAGUGCUGGACUAUUACAGUGAGGUUCUUGGACAACAGAUAAAUGACUUCACCCUCCCAGAUGUGACGUCCAUUGCUGAGCACUAUGAUGUGGAGGAGAUGGGCCGACUGUUACAGCUCAUCCUGGGGUGUGCUGUCAACUGUGAUCGUAAACAGGAGUAUAUCCAGAACAUCAUGGGGAUGGAAGAGGCAGUGCAACAUGCAGUCAUGAAUGCCAUUCAGGAGCUGAUGAACAAAGAGGCACCUGCUUCACCUGGAGUCCUGCCAGAGGUGGAGAAACAGCUGAGAGACACCAUGGAAGAAUUGAAUGAGGUACGGGCUGCGAAAGAGGAGAUUGCCCAGCGCUGUCAUGAGUUAGACAUGCAGGUGCAGCAGCUGAUGGAGGAAAACACACUCAUGAAGGUGGAGAAGGAUGAACUGUCCGACAAAGUCAACCAGGUGGACGGAUAUGAAGACACCAGCACCCCAGCAGGCAGACGGUACAUCCAGCUGACACAUCAGGUGGAACAACUGCAGGAGGAGACCUACAGGCUAGAGACAGGGCGAGAUGAAUACCGACUGAAAUGUGAAGAAAUGGAGAAGGAGAUUCUGGACCUUGCAGGAAAGAAUGAAGAGCUGAUGGCUCUGGCUGCAGAGACACAGCUGCUGAAGGAUGAGAUGGACAUACUCAGGCAGUCUGCUGAGAAAACGUCCAAGUAUGAGCAGACAAUAGAAACAUACAAGAAAAAAUUGGAGGACUUGGCUGACUUGAGGAGAACAGUGAGAAUCCUGGAGGAAAAGAACACGACUUACAUGCAGCAAACAGUUGAACUAGAAGAGGAACUGAGAAAAGCGAACACACUGCGCUCCCAGCUGGACAUGUAUAAGAAACAGGUUCAGGAGUUACACAGCAAGGUGUCAGAGGAGACCAAGAGGGCAGACAAGGCAGCGUUCGAGCUGAAAAGAUCAACAGAAAAACUGGACACUGUUCAGAAGGAGAAACAGAGAAUAGUCAAUGAACGAGACACCUUAAAGGAGACAAACGAGGAACUACAUUGCAUGCAGCUUCAGCAGGGGUCUCUAGCAGGCAUUGGUAGUAAUGUGGAGUCCCCUGUUGGCUCCCCCAUCCCAGAAGUGGUACCACCCGAAAUUAAAGAGAAGCUGAUUCGCCUGCAGCACGAGAACAAGAUGUUGAAGCUGAAAGCGGAAGGUUCGGAUGACGAGAGACUGGCGGUCUCCCAGGCCAUGUUGGACGACGCUAACGCCAGAACCAACGAACUGGAGACAGAGAACAGGUUGGCCAAUCAGAGGAUUCUGGAACUCCAAGGUCAGUUGGAGGACAUGCAGACAGAACAGGAAGAGGUCGGGUCACCUGCUAAGGACCAGGAUUCGGUUGCCUUGAGGAAAAAGCUUGAGGAACACAUGGAGAAGCUGAAAGAUGCCGACUCCCAGCUGCAGAAGAAGAAGGAGUAUAUUGACAACCUGGAGCCUAAAGUCUCCUCCAGUGCGGAGAAGAUCCAGCAGCUGCAGGAGAUGUUGAAUAAGAAGGAUGAUGACAUGAAGGCCAUGGAGGAGCGGUACAAGCGCUACCUGGAGAAGGCCAAGAGUGUCAUUCGAACGCUGGACCCAAAGCAGAACCAGUCAUCGACCCCAGAGGUGCAGGCACUGAAGAACCAGCUGACUGAGAAGGAACGACUUAUCGACCAUCUAGAGAGAGAUCAUGAGAAAGCCAAGUUGACGAGAGAGCAGGAAGAAAAACUGAUUGUAUCUGCCUGGUAUAACAUGGGUGCCCAGCUCCACAGGAAAGCCGUAGAGGGCAGACUGGCCAACGGAGGGCCGAUGCAGGGGGGUCAGUCCUUCCUCGCACGGCAACGGCAGGCCACCUCGCGCCGGUCCACGGUCUCCACCACACAUCCAGGUCACGCGAGGUCUGUAAACUUUGUCAACUGAGCCGGGCAACAUGCA